GAUACGUACCGUCUAGUAAAUUUGGUACACACGAAACCGGAACAUUGAUUUGGAGCCACAAUCACAGGCAUCGUCUUAUCUAUAUAGAUCACGUUUUUGCAAAUUGCAAACGCACAAGCUGCUAGGCCAGCUAGUAGGUCUGCUAGUUCUAUCUCAGCGCGCAGGACAAAUUAAGACCAAAGCCACGCCGAGAGGAACAAGCGAUCCAAUGGCAGCCGGAGGCGACAACGAGGAGCUGAAGCUGCUGGGAUUCUGGGCGAGCCCGUUCGUGCACCGGGCGCAGGUCGCGCUGCAACUCAAGGGGCUCACCAGCUGCGAGUACGUGGAGGAGGACCUCAGGGAGAAGAGCGACCUCCUCCUGGCUUCCAACCCCGUUCACAGGAAGGUCCCCGUGCUCCUCCACGCCGGCAAGCCCGUCUUCGAGUCCAUGCUCAUCGUGCAGUACCUCGACGAGGCCUUCCCCGCCGCCGGUGCCUCCUUCCUCCCUGCUGACCCCCACGCCCGCGCCGCCGCCCGCUUCUGGGCCGCCUACGCCGACGACCACUUCUUUUCCACAUGGAUCAAGGCGUUCGUGGGGACGACGGAGGAGGAGAAGGCAGCGGCGAACGAAGGUGCGGCCGUGGCGCUGCAGAAGAUGGAGGACGCGUUGGAGGAGUGCUCCAAAGGCAAGGCUUUCUUCGGGGGUGACAACCCCGGGUAUGUGGACAUCGCGUUGGGGGGAUUCGUCGCGUGGAUCCGGGGGUACCAUCAGGUGGCUGGCGUCAACCUCCUGGACGACGCCCGGACCCCGUUGCUAGCGGCGUGGGCAGAGCGCUUCGCCGCCCUCGACGCUGCCAAGGCGGCUGUCCCGGACGUCGACCGGAUCGCCGAUUUCGCCAGGCACGAUCUCCUGCCGCUGCUCCAGCAUUUGCAUGGCAAAGCUGACAAGUGAGAUGUACUGUACUUUGGGCAGUCGGGUUCUGCCCGUUGCAGGAAAUGCCUCGAAUUUGCUUUGGGUGUGUCUAAAUGGGAAAAAAAAUGGUGUCUCGGUUGACUGAUUUUUAAGGAAAAGGUUUAAAUCUCGGUUGACCUAUGAAAACUGUUGGAUUAAUAUAUCUAUACGUCAUUUUACUUUUCUCUUUUU